UAAGGGCAGUGAUACCAGUCUCCAGGAUCUAAGGCUGUUAGAGAUGACGCUGGUUCUGUCCAUGAAUAGAUUCUGCGAGCCCAUUGUCUCAGAAGGAGCUGCUGAGAUUGCCGGGUACCAAACACUAUGGGAGGCUGACAGCUACGGAGGUGCGAGCCCCCCAGGGCCAGCUCCAGUUCCUUCUCAGGGAGACCGGGGAGCCAGCUCACACCUGGCAGGAUCGCAUUACAGGGGAAUUCCAAAUCCUAUAAGCACACCCAAGGUCACAUACUUCAAGAGGAAGUAUGCAGAAGACGAAGAUCUUCAUCCACCACUCAGCAGCUGCAGCCAUAAAACCAUCUCCGUUUUCGAGGAGCGAGCACACAUCCUUUACAUGUCCUUGGAGAAACUCAGGUUCAUCGAUGACCCAGAAGUGUACCUGCGAAGGUCCGUUCUCAUCAACAACCUGAUGAAGAGGAUCCACGGAGAGAUUGUCAUGCAGAACAGCUGGUGCCUCCCUGCCUGCUCCCUCGGUGGCACCCCCGCCCAAGAGUGGUUCCUGGCUCAAGACUGUCCUUACCGGAAACGGCCCCGGGUGGCCAAAGAGGAGUGGGAAAAGAUCCACACUUGCUGUUUUUAUCAGGAGUGUGGUGGUCACUGCCUGAACCUACCCCUCUCUGUCAAUACAAGUGUUGGAAGCACCUCGGCUGCUGUGGCCUCGGCCGCCUCUUCCUCUUCCUCCCCGUCCACCUCUUCUUCAUCCACCCCAUCCUCCUCCUCCUCUCCCUCUUCCUCCUCCCCCUCUUCCCCUCUGCCUUUGCCUAGUUGCUCCCACCAUGUGGACUUUGACAUAGGCAGUGCACCUAUUUACAAGAGCCAAAUACCCGCCAGCGAAAUCUUUGUCACUAACAUUAGGUCGCUUGGUGUCCAGGAAAAGGUCAAAUUCAACAAUGAUGGGAAAGUAAGCCACGAAACCAGCAGAGAUGGUGAUGCUCUCAGCCAAGAACCUGUGGGGAACGACCUUGAUUUUGAGUGCAAAGGCCAAUUUUACGAUUAUUUUGAGACUGGAUAUAAUGAGAGAAACCGCGUGAGUGAGUCUUGGAAAAAGUCUUUGAGGAAAAAGGAGCUUUCUCCGAGCAGCAAACUGUGCUGCAACAGAGGGGGUAAAAUGUGAUGCCCCCCUACUGGCGUGGAAGCACGCACAGCAUGAUCAGUUUUUACUUUGGAUUUUGUAGUUUUGUACAACAGAUAAAAUCAUGCAGUGAACACCACACCGGGUUGUCUCAUUGCCUGGAGAUCAGAUUGCACAAAACAUCUGUAUAGUAGGCAUCCGCAAGCCACUUAUUCAUGUGAUUUUUUUUGCCAAGGAAAGCCAACUUCAUGUUUGAAAGUAUACCUUAGUUUUCUUUUCUUUUUUCUUUUCUUUCCUUCUUUUUUUUGUAAAAAAAAAAAAUCAGUAGAGUAGAUAGAAGAAAACAUGCCCUCUUUAUAUUCCCACUGCCCCUCCAAGGAACCUGCCGCUAGCCAAAUGCAACAUGUUUGCCAGUUAAUUAGGUAGUUACUUGGUAAACAAAUCAAUAUAACCAGCAGAGGUGCCUGCUUCGAUGUGAUGCAGUAUUUUUCUUUCCUAAGUAAAAGACUGGAGACAGGAAGCUAGAUGAAGUGGUUUCAUGAGCUGUAUCAUGUUUGUACUGGACAGGUUGGGGCAAAAUGAAGCGCACCUGGCAAGACAGCAAUCUAGGAUCUGUGGAGACAGUUCCCUACAAACUCCUUGCUUGCCUGUGAUGGGUAGUGGGUGGCUAGAGAGGUGGCAUACAGAGCCACCACUAAUGGGGUGAUAGAGAGGUGGCACAUACAGAGCCAUCUUUGAUGAGGUGGCUAGAGAGGUGGUGUACAGGGCCAUCUUGGUGAUGGGGUGGCUAGAGAGGUGGUGCACAGAGCCAUCUUUAAUGGGGUGAUAGAGGUGGCAUACAGAGCCAUCUCUGAUAGGGUCAUAGGGAGGUGGCAUGCAAAGCCAUCUUUGAUGGGGUGGCUAGAGAGGUGGCGUUCAGGGCCAUCUUAGUGAUGGGGUGAUAGGUGGCAUACAGGGCCAUCUUGGGUGCCUUAUUUUAUCUUAAUUUUUGCCAGUGUGAAAAUUAAGGAUGAAUCAGAGUUACAGCAGGGAUUUGACAAAACACAGGGUGGAUCCAUGCAGUUUGGAAACUUAACUUUGAACGAUCGCGUUCAACUUUCGAGUUACCCUCCCCCUUUUUCCUUUGUUUAUGACGCCCAGUGGCUGUGGGUCUGAUAUUUUUGGGUAGAGAUGGAGAAGACAAUGGGGAAGGCCAACAGGAACAGAGAAGGCUGCCUUGGUUCUCCAUGGCAACGAGUGGUUGCUGGGUCUGGGCUCUCCCAGCUUUGGGCUGUUUUGUUUCCUUGUCCAGUGACAUUCACAGCCCGUGGCAUGCGUUAUAUUUUUACCUGUUUUUGCAUCAUUUCAUGCGUUUAGACUCUUAAGAGCAUGUGGUUUCUAUAUAAGACUUUUGCUGUUGAUUGAGAAGCACAAUGUUAAUAGAUUACGUGGUGAUCAAUAUGUUUUAUCUUAAAGAAUGUAAAGGUUUGUAGGUUGCGGAACGUUAUUUUGGAGAAAUGGGGCUCGCUUGUCAUUGAUAUUGUGUAUUUGGCCAGCACACUACUCAAACAAUACCUUGGAUUUGCACAUUGGCAAGUGUACUCAGUGGGACUCGGAACGGCCCCACCAGCUCCUAAUGAGCUACUCCAAUCUCCAAGGCCAAGGAUUGGUCUGGGUGACUUGGGUUUCUUAAAACGAUUAUUUACAGGAACCAAAUGCCAAAAGGAAGAAAUAGGUAAGUUCUCCCACUUUCUCCAAGAUGAAGCUUUUUAAUUAUUGCUAUUAAUAUUAAAUAGGUCUCAUUCAUACAGUGUAUGAGUAGAUCAUUUGGGCAAUUGUCCACAAGGACCAAUUUUUAAAAGAUGUUCCUGUGUUAUGGCUGAAUAGUCUAGUAAUGUCUCGUCCUUUAUUUUCAAUAUUUGAUGAACAUUUUGGUGUUGAAAACCUAGCUGAUAGAUGCUUGUACAUGACUUGUGUUGUAAUAUAGUGAGGUUUUCUUGAUAUAUAUUUAUUAAAAUGAUCAAAAUUCA